GAGGGAGAGCGAGGGAGAGAGGGUCAGCAAAUUUUAGUGUUGGAAAGUGAAAGCUAAGAAUGGAACAGAGAUGCUUUUGGCUUUAUCUCUGAAUGAAUGUGUGACUCUGACGCUAUAGACAUUCUGUGGGCACACUCACUGUAGCUGGACGGAGUUUGAUGUCUCUGAAGUGGUUGAAGGAGUGAGUAUUCAGUUGCCGAUGUCGGAAAUCAGAGGAUCGAGCUCAUGGAGCGAAGAAUUUGCAAGUUUGGUGGAGGAUUCCGGGAUCCGUUACAUGGCGGAGCCGAUCGGAAUUUCUUCACCUUCGUAUGAGAGUACGAGAUCGGAUUUCCAGGUCGAGUCGCGGAACUAUGAAUCAGAGGAGUCGGAGAGUUUGAAGGAUCAGGUUAAGGGAUUUGCGGUCGCAUGGGGUGAAAUUCUUCUUGAAUUAGGGAGAGGGUGUAGGGACAUUGUGCAGCAGAAUUUGAUUACUGAGGAUUCAUAUGUUGCUCAAAAGCUUAGAGGACCUUGCGAGAAUGUUAUUGCUAGAUUGAGUUUUCUUAACGAGUUUUUGCCGGAGGAUCGCGACCCCGUUUAUGCUUGGCCGGUUAUAUUUUUUGUUUCCAUUCUCGCAUUCACAGUAAUCUGUGUAAAUAACAGACACGAGAGCUUUAGCCGACCGAUUAUGAAGGUGCGUGAUCAUCCUCCUAGUGCUUCUCGCAUACUUCUUCCCGAUGGCAGGCACUUGGCCUAUGAUGUUCUUGGCGUUUCAGCUGAUAGAGCUAGAUUCUUCAUAAUAGCUCCACAUUCUUUUCUUUCAUCUCGAUUUGCAGGUAUACCGGGAGUGAAAUCGUCUUUGCUCGAAGAAUUUGGUAUUUGCUUGGUCGCGUAUGAUCUUCCUGGUUUUGGGGAGAGUGAUCCUCAUCCCAACAGGAACCUGAAUUCAUCAGCACUAGAUAUGCUGCACCUAGCUGAUGCUGUUAGUAUUAAUGGAAAAUUCUGGGUGCUUGGCUACUCAGAAGGAGCCAUGCAUGCUUGGGCUGCACUUCGAUAUAUCCCAGACAGAAUUGCAGGUGCAGUCAUGGUAGCUCCAAUGAUCAAUCCAUACGAAAAAAGCAUGACUAGGGAAGAGUUGAGAAGAACUUGGGAAAGUUGGGGUCCACGGAAGAGAUUUCUAUAUUUCUUAGCUCGUAGCUUUCCUAGAUUUCUAUCCUACUUCUAUCGCCGAAGUUUUUUGUCAGGAAGGCAUGAAGAAAUUGAUAGACAGUUAUCCCUAUCACUGGGAAAGAAGGACGAAGUUUUGAUAGAAGAUUCAAAGUUUAGGGAAUUUUGGUACAGGAACGUGGAAGAGUCAAUCCGCCAGAAAAAUGUCAAACCAUUUGUAGAAGAAACCAUGCUACUUGUGUCAAAUUGGGGCUUUAGCUUGGCAGAUCUUAGGGUGCAGAGAAAGUGUCAAAGAACAGGCAUUCUUCCUUGGCUCAAAUCAUUGUACAGUCAAGAAGAAUGUGAGUUGGCCGGAUUUGUUGGUCCGAUUCAUAUAUGGCAGGGAAUAGAUGAUAAGGUAGUUCCACCAUCGAUGACUGAUUACAUAGGCCGCAUUUUACCAGCAGCCAUAUUGCAUAAGCUCUCAAAUGAAGGACACUUCUCGUAUCUCUAUUUUUGUGAUGAAUGUCAUCGACAGAUAUUUUCCACCAUUUUUGGACCUCCCAAGGGGCCAGUUGACAGAAGGGAAAAAAUGGAAGCUUCUCCUUUAGAAGGAAAUACAGGAGGAGAGAUAGCGAGUACUGUAGAUCUUACAGUAAAAUGAUACGUCGUCGUCCCGAAAUACACCAAAUAGUAACGCGAUGAUUUUGCCUUCCAAAUGCUCUGAUGAUGUAAAUGCCAUAUUGAUAUCAAUAUCGAUAUCACGCUCUUCUUCAUUUGUCUUCACUUCUUGGACAAGGGUGUGUAAUUUUAUCACCGUUGCUUCAUUACAUUACAUUACAUUACUCUACUUUUAUUAUAUUUAACAGCAAUUCAUUAGUUACUUA